GCCUGAACAAGUACAAUCACUCUGGGUUGCUGGUGGUCAUGGCAGGCAGACGUGGUGUAUGGACCCGCGGCAGAUUCAGCGCCUGAAUCAGCAGGCUGAGGUGCUCUUCGGUAAAGAGCAUGUCCUCGAGCCCAACUUUGCCGCUCCAAUGCCCUACCCUGUUGUAUACAAGGACCCAGACAAGGAGGAGCUCCUUGGAGUAGAGUAUGCCAUGUGCCAGUCAACCAGCUUCACUGCAAAGGAUUACUAUGCCCAGCAAGUUGAGAAAGAGCAGUCCUGUGAAGAAGAGGAGACGGCUGAACAUGCUGGCAGAUGAGGGUGUGGACAUGGGUGCAGGGUAAGAGGAGGAUCCUAUGGACACUGUCAGUGACAAACAUGUCAUCCUCACUCAGUCAGAACAGGUGGAGGAGGAGGACAGUCCUGCUCUGCAGGAUGUGCUGAUGACCCAGAGCCAUCUGCAUCUUCCUGGGCUGGAGGAAGUGGAAGCCUUGGCCCUGCUCAUUUUAGAACUGUCAGACAACAGUGACUGUCACCUAGUGCCAGCUGACCUAAGGCUGAAGAUUUGCACUGCAGUUGGUGCUCUGCAUGAGCAUGACAGGUCUGCAGCCAACUUUGUAAAAAGGUAUGAGUCAAGGUGGGGUUACACUCUGUUUGGCAGAUGCUUGGGAGCUGACACACCUGAGACCAGAGCAGCACAGAAGACAAAGUUUUCCUGGAUGAGGUACCCUCAGGCAGCCCAGGUGACUGAAGAUAAUCGUCUGUUGUACCUCAUUAUUAAGAUGCUGAAAAACCGGCCACCAGCCAGUCGUCUCACCUCCCCCACUAAAAUCACCAAUGAAAUCAAGAGCCAGUAUAAAAGGAUUGUAGACAGAGUCAGAGACGAUCCCAUCCUCAACGGUCUCUCCAUUCCUCUGCCCAAUCUGAAUGCCAAGUCCAUCUCUACAUUCAUGGCACGGGAAGAGAAAAAGGCUAACUACAGGGCAAAAGUAAUGCCAAAAGUGAAACCCCACCAAAGAGUGGUGUCAGAAGAACCAAUGCUAGCAGCUCCUACUCUGCCAGAAUCCCUUCCAGCUCCAGAUCGACCUCAGGUUCAGUACCAGAGCCUACGUCAUGUAGCAGAGAAAAGGCAUGGUCAGAAGCGGAGGUUAGAUGUGGAAAUGCUUUUGAACCGGCCCAUUCAACCGAAAUCCCCUGUGGCCACGUACAUCCCACCCAGAGCGUCAGCAGCAGCUGUCCUGGUAGUGGUUCCUGCACAGCCACAGGGACCAUCCAUGAUGCUCUGUAGGGCAUCCAGCAGUCAAGGGUUCAUACCUUUCGCACCACCUCCUGCGCUAACAUCCAGAUUAAUCAAGCCUCAUAAAUCCGUGGGGCCUGCCAAGUACCCCAGUGUGGUGGGCAGCGUAAGAGGUACACGCCCUCCAAAGAAAAGGCUGCUGAAAGUAGCCAAAAAAUAUUCACCUAUUGCCCAGCAACUAGGAAGUCCACCACUUCAGGUUUUGAAGGGGUUGUGUUCAACAGUUUUGAACACUUCAAAAGUGUAGUAGAUGAGGAACUAAAAAUAAAAAAACUACAUCUGCAACUACAUCCCCCAAAUCACAAUAGCAGAUUUCUGGGGUAUGGUUUGGACUUGGUUCAGACCUGGAUUAGACCUAGUUUAGAUUUUGCCCUAAUUUGGUCCUGGUUUAGACAUGGUGUGGGUUACAGAGAUUUACAUGUCCUCAACAUUACUAACACUUUGUGGGUUACAAUGUACUAUUUGCCAUGUUAUUUAUAUUCUCAUUAUAAGGCUAAAAUAUAGUAAGCCAUAUUUGCUACUAUCUCUAGCUCCUAUACCAAUUAGCUGAUUCAUUAUACACCAUCUAUAAAACACAUACCUAUUUUCACAUAGAAAAAAAUGUGUUUUUAUUGAAUGUAAAUAGCUGCUUAACAUCGCAUACCAUUGUACUGCAUUGUCUCAUCCCCUUGUAUAUAUUGUAUGUAUAUUGU